CGCCAUGGACCGCUUCGCCUGGGCCAGCGGCCUGCUGGAGAUCCACGAGAGCCUCGUCACGCAGCAGCGCGGGGUCCGCCUCUACGACGGGGAGGAGAAGGUGAAAUUUGAUGCAGGGGUAUUGUUACUGAGUACACACAGAUUGAUCUGGAGAGAUCAGAAAAAUCAUGAAAGUUGUAUGGCUAUUCCACUUUCUCAGAUUGUCUUCAUUGAAGAACAAGCAGCUGGAAUAGGGAAAAGUGCCAAAAUAGUGGUCCAUCUUCAUCCAGCAUCUUCCAACAAGGAUCCUGGUCCUUUCCAGAGCAGCAAAUAUUCUUAUAUCAAACUUUCAUUCAAAGAACAUGGUCAGAUAGAGUUCUACAGGCGGUUAUCAGAAGAAAUGACACAGCGAAGGUGGGAGAACAUGCCCGCUUCUCAGACCAUUCAGCUAAACAGAGGUCCACAGACUGGAAGAAUAAGAGCUGCAGGAAUAGUAGGUAUUGAGAGGAAAUUAGAAGAAAGAAGAAAGGAGAUGGAUAAAAACAUAUCUGAGGCUUUUGAAGACCUCAGCAAACUAAUGGAAAAGGCUAAAGAAAUGGUGGAAUUAUCCAAAUCGAUUGCUAAUAAGAUCAAAGAGAAGCAAGGUGACAUCACUGAAGAUGAGACCAUCAGGUUUAAAUCCUAUCUCCUGAGUAUGGGUAUAGCAAAUCCAGUUACUCGAGAAACCCAUGGAUCUGGCACACAUUACCAUAUGCAGUUGGCAAAGCAACUGGCUGGUAUUUUACAGGCACCACUGGAAGAACGGGGAGGAAUAAUGUCGCUCACAGAAGUAUAUUGUUUGGUGAAUCGUGCUCGAGGCUUAGAGUUGCUUUCACCGGAAGAUCUAGUAAAUGCGUGUAAGAUGUUAGAAGCUCUGAAAUUGCCUAUAAGGCUACGUAUAUUUGACAGCGGCGUUAUGGUGAUUGAGCUCCAGUCCCACAAUGAAGAGGAAAUGGUGGCUUCUGCUUUAGAGACGGUCUCUGAGAAGGGGUCUCUCACAGCAGAAGAGUUUGCAAAGCUUGUGGGAAUGUCUGUACUUCUAGCCAAAGAGAGGCUUCUUCUAGCAGAAAAGAUGGGCCAGCUUUGCAGAGACGAUUCUGUGGAAGGCUUGCGAUUCUAUCCAAAUUUAUUUCUUACACAAAGUUAGCCAUCGGUGCGUUCCGUCCUCCCCCUGCCGAUUCCAUU